UGUGAUUGUGGUAGAUUGAUUUGUGGUCUGCAGAAAGAGAUUAAGAAAAGCACAUAAAUAUGACAUCAAAGAUCACUACUUUGUUUCAAAUUGACACCAAAUUUAAUGCAGAUAGCAUCGAAUGGUGCCCAGAAUACCCAGCGUACUUUGUGUGUGGUACAUACCAGCUCAUUGAAGGGACACCAGCAGAAAAUGAACUCAAAUCUAGCAAGAAUAACUCACGAAUUGGAAGUAUGAUUCUGUUCAAAUUUGACAUGGCAUCAAAGAGUUUGUCAAAAAUCCAAAGCAUCUCUACUGCAGCAAUUACCGAUAUGAAAUGGUACAAUUGUAAUGGUACAUCUUUGCUAGGCAUUACCAGCUCUUCUGGUGAAUUAUGCCUGUACUUACUAGUGGAGACUGAAGAUGGUUAUAAUUUGGAGAAGAUCAAAUCAUUUGAUAUUUGUGCACCAAAUUUGAGUCUUUCUUUAGACUGGAAUGGUAAAGAACCAAGAAUCACCAUCAGUGACUCUGGUGGAGGAGUUUCUGUGGUAAGGAUUGCUGAAAAUGGUUGUAAGAUUGAGUUAGAACAGAAAUGGAAGGCACAUAACUUUGAUGCAUGGAUAACUGCAUACGACAGAUGGAAUAGACAUAUUGUGUAUUCCGGUGGGGAUGAUUGUUUGAUGAAGGGUUGGGACACAAGAACACCAUGCUAUAAACCAAUAUUUGUGAAUAAAGAUCACACCAUGGGUGUGUGUGCUAUACAAAGCAGUUCACUGGUAGAAAACGUGUUUGCAAGUGGAAGCUAUGAUGAGCAAGUUCACAUUUGGGAUAGUCGAUCAAUGAAACAGCCAUUAACAAGUUGUGAUGUUGGUGGUGGUGUUUGGAGACUGAAAUGGCAUCCAACAAACCCGGACUACCUUUUGGCUGCUUGCUGCCAUUCUGGAUUUCAUGUUUUGAAUGUUGACUUGAAGAGCGGGAGUGAAACAAAGGUUGCUGCUUCUUACACAGCUCACAAGUCUUUGGCGUAUGGGGCAGACUGGUGUAGAUGUCCGGGAAAUAGUGGUGAUUGUUCUCCUUUGCAUGAGGUGAUAGCUACAUGCUCAUUUUAUGACCAUAGGCUUGACGUAUGGGAACUUAUGAAUACUAUCUAAAAUUAUUUCAGCAAAGUAGAACAACUAAAU